AUGGCUUCUCAGCAAGUGAUCUUCUUCGGGGGUCAAGGAGGUCGCUCUAGCGGUUAUGCUCCCUCAACUAUUACGCUCAAGGGAAAUGAAAACUCCCAUUGCUUAACACUAUUAUUAUCUGCCUGUCAUUCAAUAUUUCUGGAGGAGGCUUUCAAAGCAAGGAAAGGUUCGAAUGCCCCGGCGUGGGCAAGGUUUGAUGUUUUCCCAUCUCCAGAAAGAUUAUUAGUCUUGUCACCCGAAGAGUCAACCAACCCCAUUCUACAGGGUGUAUCAUUGUGUUUGAAUCAAUUGUUGACUUAUUUAAACUAUGAUUGCGAUCUUCAAAACCCAGAACCCGUCGCCAUAAUGGGUUUCUGCUCGGGAAUGCUUCCCGCUGUGGUUGUUGCCUGCAGCGAAUCGUUGGAUGAAUACAUCGCCUACAGCAAAGAGGCCAUACGAGCAGCUUUUUGGGUAGGGUAUAGGGCAGCUGAGUUGAGUAGUAAUAUUGGUGGCCGCCAAUGGAACGAGCUUCCAUGGGCUAUGUCAGUGAGUGGGAAGACACGGGAGGUUCUGAUGGAAGAAAUCGUGAUAUUCAACCAGACGUCUAAGAAGACUACGGCGCAUGAAGUUAUUAUUCUCGCCAAUAUAUUUGGUGAGAAAGGAUUCAGUAUUGUUGGUCCUGGAUACUUGCUAGAGCAGUUCCGCUCUCGAUAUCAUUCGGAGAACACAGCAUUCGCUCUUAUACCAGUUCACGCUCUAUACCAUGCGGGUGAAAACUCAGCGAGCGCGUUAGAAGCUGUUCUCACGGACCUGAACACGGAUAGAUGCGCUUUUCCUUCUAGAGACAAAUUGAAAAGGCCAUUAUGGUCCUGUCACAACGGAGGGAUCCUCAACGCGGCUGGUCCGGACCAAAACUCGUUGCUCCAAUGCAUACUAACCUGUAUUCUCGUGGAACAAGCAGAUCUUCUGACUACUUGGAACAAUAUGGUGAAAGAGAUGGAACUUUCAAAUAGCAGUUGGAGCGCGAUCACCAUUGGUGAUGGAGCUCGAGCGUUACUUUCGACCGUCAAUAAAGAUGUUCACUCAUCUUCAAAACAUUCGUUCAUUGACUUACCCCGUCUUCCCAUGAACUCAAAUUCCGGCUCUUGUAAUGAGUUUGCGGUGGUUGGAAUGUCAGUUAAUUUUCCCUCCGGGCUCGGAAAAGCGCAGUUCUGGAAUAUGCUGGAAUUAGGUCUUAAUGCUGCUCAGGAGAUUCCAGGCACCCGCUUCUGUGUUGAUGAUUACCAGGUGGGAAAAGGUCAACACGGCUCAAAGCGCGAAAUGAAAAUCCAGCAUGGCAACUUCAUCAACAACCCUUUCUCAUUUGAUCAUGAAUUCUUCAAUAUCUCACCUCGCGAGUCAAAAUCUAUGGAUCCUCAGCAGAAACUCUUGCUUCAAGGGGCUGUGAGCGCUUUGGACGACGCGGGAUAUGUACCUUACUCGACACCAUCGUAUAAUCCUGAGACCAUGGCAUGUUACGUUGGCAUAGCUACAGAGGAUUAUGUACAAAAUUUGAACUCAGAAAUUGAUGUCUAUUAUUCGACUGGGACAUUACGUGCUUUUUUAAGCGGAAAAAUCUCAUACGCAUUUGGGUGGAGUGGGCCUUCGGUUGUUAUUGACACGGCAUGCUCGUCGUCUACUGUUGCCAUCUUGAAUGCUUGUCGAGCACUAGCUGCAGGCGACUGUUCCGCAGCAUUAGCAGGUGGCGCAAAUGUUAUCACUAGCCCAGAUAUGUAUAUCGGUCUCUCACGCGCUCAUUUUCUGAGUAGUACCGGUCAGUGCAGGCCAUUUGAUGCCGGUGCUGAUGGCUACUGUCGCUCAGAAGGAUGCGGCCUAUUUGUAAUCAAAAGACUCGAAGACGCUGUCCGUGAACACGACCGGAUUUAUGGGGUCAUUAAAGGCAUCGAAAUCAAUCAGAGCGGGAAUGCCACUUCAAUCACACACCCUCAUGCCGAAACUCAGCAGAAAUUAUUUCAAAAAGUUUUGACAUCUUCUGGAAUUGAUCCUGCAACUAUUAGUGUUGUAGAGGCACAUGGCACGGGUACACAAGCGGGUGACGGGACGGAAGCUUCGAGCUUGAUGUCAGUGUUUGGCGGCCUGUCAAGUAUCCAAUCUGUUUACUUGACUUCCAUAAAAGGAAAUAUAGGGCAUGCGGAAGCCGCUUCUGGUGCUGCAAGCCUCGCAAAGCUAUUGCUUAUGCUACAAAAUAGAACCAUACCUCCUCAGGUUGGUCUCAAAAGACUCAACCCUAAGUUAGAACGAUUGAUGGCUCAAAAUUUCCACAUUUCCACUCAAGCAAUCGAGUGGAAACCUCCGCGUAACAUUCCAAGGAGGGCUUUAUUAAACAAUUUUGGAGCAGCUGGAUCUAAUGCGACUUUGAUUGUGGAAGAAUAUGAGAGACGCACUCCAAUGAAAACGAGGCAUGAACAACGAUCAACAUACAUGUUCAUCCUUUCAGCUAAAACUGAACAAGCGCUCAGGACUUUGAUAAAUCGACACAAGGAGUUUCUGCAGAAAAAUGAUCAAUACGAUUCUAUCGCGAAUAUUUGCUACACGGUCACAGCCCGAAGACGUUUGUAUGUCUGGAGACUUUCACUGGCAGUAAGCUCAUCAAAAGACUUAUUGAAACAGCUAAACGAUGAGCAUUCGAUUAAUCAAUGCGUUGAAUCUAUUGGCAGCCCGGUCACAUUUGUCUUCUCGGGUCAAGGUGGCUUUUAUGCUGGUAUGGCUAAGAGUUUACUGUCUACGUCUUCUCUUUUUCGUGACAAAGUAACGGAGUGCGAUCAGAUAUUGAAACUUUUCAAUUUGCCAAGCGUAAUCCCAAUUCUAGAAGGAUUGUCAUCUCCUGACUCGAAGCUUGAUUUCAUUCUCUGGUCGCAGAUAGCGUCUUUCGUAUUGGAAUACGCAGUGGCAUUUCUUUGGCUCUCUUGGGGUGUCAAACCGGAUUUAGUUAUUGGUCACAGUCUAGGAGAGUACGCUGCCAUGGCUUUCACUGAGGCACUGUCUUUAAAAGACUCUUUGGGAAUGAUUGUACGUCGAGCUCAACUAAUGGUGGAACUAUGUCAGUGCGGUCAAUCCGGCAUGUUAGCAUGUGAAAGCUCCGUUUCCUUCAUAGGGAAAAUAUUCGCUUCUGAUGGAUUUCAAAACCUGUCGAUAGCCUGUGAUAAUGGCCCUACAAGCUGUGUAGUUUCAGGACCAAAUCAGGAUUUGGACCGCCUAGCACAAAUACUUCGAAGCCAGGCCGUUCGCUGUAAAUCCUUGGAUGUGGCUAUUGGUUUCCAUUCUGACGCUUUAGAACCCAUCAUGAAGCCCUUAGAAGAGCAUUGUCGUGACUUUGUGUUCCAUGCUCCGAAAUUCCCUAUGGGGUCCUGUUUGCAUGGUCGUCUCCUCGAUUCCAGCGAACUUGAACCCAGUUAUAUAGUGCAGCAAACUCGAGGGACGGUUCGUUUCAAGCGACUUCUAGAGUCUCUUCGUGAGGCUAGGAUGAAUUCUGGGAUCUUUAUCGAAAUUGGCCCUCAUCCCAUCACCCUUCCAAUGAUCAAUUCGAUGUUUCGUGACGACGGGUGCUUAUCUCUUGCAUCAAUUGCCAAAAAUGAAGAUGCAUGGGCAACUUUGUGCUCGAGUCUGCGAGAAAUCAGCGACCGAGGAAUUCCUAUUCGCUGGCGCGAAGUAUUUGACGGCACAGAUGCGACGGUCACCGAUGUUCCCGAGUAUCCGUUCAAAAGCCACUCGCACUACAUUCCUUUCUCUGAAAUGAGACAUCAGACCGAUGACAUUGCUAAGCAAGUAAUUUCCGCAAAGCCAAAUUCAUUUGAGCUCUUGGACAGUAUUCUCUAUGAGAUGAAGUCGGAACUCAAUGUACCGUCAAAAUUUUCCACCGAGCUCGCCUCUCUCUCCAAGUACAUCUUAGGUCAUGUGGUCGGGGAAUUCCCUCUGUGCCCGGCGUCAGUUUAUAUCGAAUGUGUUCUUGAGGCCGCCCACUGGGAUGACAAGUUCAAUAAAGAAUUUGUGCUCACUGUCCAUAACAUUGACUUCGGUUUGCCGCUUCUCUAUUCCGAAGAGCGUCUCUCGAAUUCUAUCGACCUGACAUUUGAAAACGGAGUGCCAACCUAUGAUCAGAUCUCAGAAACACGAAUUACUAGGCGAAAAUUCACGUUUACGCAGAGCGUAUCAUCUGAGCCCAGUCACUCUCCGAAGAAAAACAGCGAGGCGCUUUGUUCUGGGUGGGCCGAAUGGGAAAAUGUCAAAGAUAUUGAAUAUCUUUUCAGUCGAAGCUCGGCAUAUAUUAGACGACAGAUUGCUCAUUUGCAGGGUAGAGAGACCAAUACAAACGUCUUUCGACCCAAGGCACUUUAUCAACUAGUCUUCCCGAGGGUUGUCUCAUACGGCGAAGAGUUUCAGACCAUCAAGGAACUAAAAGUCUUGGAAGAUGGGUUAGAAGCCCACGGGACAUUUAAGAUACCACCCAUAUCUAGCAAAGGGGGUAUUCUUACUCCUGUUUUUGUGGACACCCUUCUUCAUGCAGCAGGCUUUGUAGCCAAUAGCUAUAUCCAGAAAACAGAGGCGUGCAUCUGCGCAAAAGUAGAGUCUAUCAAGGUUUUCUAUCAAGACUUGGACCUACAUCAAACUUUCCAGGUGUAUACCAGCUUACUUGAAUGCAACAAUGGCGUCCUCCUUGGGGAAGCAUACGCAGUUACUCUCGAUGGUACGGUGGUCGGGACAGUGGAGGGUAUGCACUUCAAGAAGUUGAAUUUAAAAUCUUUUAAGGCUCAUUUAUCACGCCAACUGUUGCACGAUACCCCAAAUCAGGUAUCGUUACAAGUCAAGGGCAAUCAGCAGAAGCCUAACAAGCAGAAAGAUGAUGAUUUUGUUGUAACAAGGAAAGAGCCACAACCAAAACAGGAUAUGAACGUUCCUAAAAUUGUACUGGAAACAAUUUGUCAAAUCUGCGAACGACCCCUCAAUUCGAUUCGAGGUUCAAGUACUCUCCUAAGUCUGGGAAUAGACUCUAUGAUGCGGAUUGAGCUUGGGAACCUGCUGGCAAAGAAAUUGACGAACGUGGAUCUAGACAUGGACCACAUGACUGAAAUAGAUACUAUUUCGCAGCUCCAGGAAUAUAUCAUCGAGAAAGCUGCAAAAUCAGAGCCGUACACAUCAUCCGCUUCUGAUAUAGCUCAUGAUUCAUCUAUCGGAAACUCCUCCACUCCAGCUGAUACUCCGUUUAGCGGAUUAUCAAGUCAAAGCCAAACACCCCCAGUAGCCGAAGGCCUCCAUGAUUUAUAUCAUAUAAUCAAUCAGACUUGCGAAAUACCAUUGUCCAAGAUAAGUCCCGAAAUCGCUCUCGAAUCGCUUGGCAUGGAUUCUCUCAUGGCCAUUGAAUUACAAGAGGCUCUGCAGCAACAUUUCGGACAGUCGUUACCUGAGAAUAAUCCAGUGUCCAACUGGACCGUCCAGGACUUGAUCAUCCACUUGGGAUUGAACAAGCAUGAGGAUUAUAUAAAAAGCUUGCAAGAUAUCAAUCAAGAUACGAGCUUCUCGAUGCUCGCUGUUACACCUGUACUCACACACCUACAGAAUGGAGAUCCCAGUCUACCUCCCUUAAUCCUCUUCCACGAUGGUAGUGGUACGAUGGAAUACUAUAAAAAGCUCAAGAAUAUCGGCAGCAACGUUUAUGCAAUCAUGAAUCCGAUCUUGAAAGAAGAUCACUGGGCGAAAAGUUUGACCGAUAUGGCUCACCAGUAUGCGUCUGCAAUAUCGACCACUAUUGAAGGGCCAUUCAUUCUUGGAGGUUGGUCUUUCGGUGGUGUCUUGUCACAUGCAGUUGCACAGUGCCUUGAGCGCUUAGACGAGAAAGUCUUAGCAGUCAUCAUGAUUGACUCGCCAUGUCCAGAAAAUCUUGAGCCCCUUCCAUCAGCUAUAGUAAAAUAUGUCCUAGGCCAAAAGAAUCUUUCCUACUCUACAGAGUUGGUGAUUACCGCACAGUUUCAGAAACAUGCUCAGUUCUUAGCUGAGUAUUCUUCUCAGAGAAGCGCGACACAGGGGUUUAUUGCCAAAGAAAGAAAAUACUUUAUGAUCUACUGCCAGGACACCUUGAACACAAGCAAAAUAUGCGGAGUAGAUCAUCCUUGGCUGUCAGACAAAAACUGUCGGGAGCAAGCACUCAAUCAGUGGGAGCAAAUUCUUGGUCGAUCUCUGACGGUACUUCGAAUACCUGGAAAUCACUUCCAAGUAUUUGACUCAGCCUACGUUGAUGUCGUAUCACAGCAGCUGCAACAAGCCUAUACGGCUGCAAUUUAG